GUGUGGUGCGUUCACGGCAACAUUGGCCGUUAUGGCCAUAGACUCUGUAGCAGACGUCAAAUGGCUGAGGAAGCGCCAAAGCAAAGUUGUUACCUUCUGGAUUUGCCGUGGGAGGAUGUUUUAGUUCCACAUGUAUUUUGCUACUUUACUCUGCAACAACUUGUCAGACUGCGGAGAGUUAGCAGAGAUUUCUACAAGAUCAUGCAGAUCUGUUUGUCCAAGCGCAAGACUUUUGAGAUAUCUGGGACGAAAACAAAAAUUUCCAAGGAAGCAUUUUGCUACAUAUUAAAAGACAACGAAGUCCUCCAGAACCUGUCACUUGAGAACUGUUCCCACUGGCUGACUGAUGGGGACGUGCUGCCCGUAAUCAGUCAGAAUCACCACCUGCGCAGGCUGGUGAUGGCCGGCUGCAGUAAGCUCACCCACCACACCCUGAUCGCCAUGGCCUUGAACUGCGACCACCUGCAACAUGUCAGCCUGGCCCACUGCGAGUGGGUGGACAACCUGUCCCUGCGCACCUUCAUUCACCGCUGCAGGGAUCUGCUGACACUUGACCUCACCGCCUGCAGGCAGGUUGACUCUGAUACCAUCUGUUAUUUGGCCAUGAAGCAUCAGAACCUCAAAUCUGUCUCUCUAGCAUCCAAUGGCAACGUCACUGAUGAGUCUGUGGAAGAAAUGGCCAAGAACUGCAGGAAUCUGGAGAGGUUGGACAUUUCAAGUUGCCUGAGGGUUGGUAACCAGGCCAUCAGGACUCUGGCAGAGUACUGCCCCAAGCUGCGGUGCCUGAAGGUGAAACACUGCAGCUACGUGACUGACUGGAGCCUGGAAGUGUUACGACAGCAUAAUGUGUUGGUAGACGUAGACCCGCCAUUACCAGUGGGUUACUAUCCCGAUGUGAUGGUGAUGGGGCCCAUAUUGAAUGCACAAAUAUAGCCAAACCACAGUCUGUCCAAGACGCUCACACGGGUGGUGUUCGACGCUCUGGAUGACUUUAUUUAAAACAGCUUUCAUGCUCAAUAAAAUCAUCCAAAUAUCCAGCAAAGAGAAAAGACUGUUGCACUGAAAUAUUUAUGUCUAAUUGAUGCCAAACGCAAAUGACUGGAAUGCAAAAUGUUUAAUAUGUUGCACUGUAACAAGCUGAGACGAGCUUCAUGUUUCUUAAAACUGCUGCUAAACUGUCACUGCACACGUUAAUGUGAUAAAACAGAAGUUUGUGCUCAUGUUUCACUUCACACAUUUUUAACUUGCACAUGUUUUGUUCAAACAUAGUUGAGCACCUUUUUAUUUUCUCUGUUUUAUAAGAUUCACUAACUGUGGCAGCAGUGGAGUUUAAAAAUUACUUAUUUUUUGUUGCAUAAAAUUCCAGUGUUUUCGUUGACCAGUCUUACUAUUCAGGAUAACCAUAGACCUCUGAGAAGUUUCCUCAAGAAGGACUUGAAUCAAAACCAUCUGCACAUCUGGCUGUAGAUGGUUAAAUAGGAACUUAUUUAUUUAUAUUAUUGUGCAGUAGGUUAACUGACUUUAUUAAUAAAUAUGUAAUUUUCAUGGCCAAGCUUAUUUCACUCUGUUUUUAAACAUGAGUGAUUUUACUUAAAUUGCCUGCAGCAGUUAAUGGAUUGAUUAAAUGUGAAGGUAUAAACAAGAGGUUGUCAGUUUAUCACUGCAUAAAGAAAAAAGUAAGGAUGUCUGAGUUGCUCGUAGUUCUGUUAAAUGUUAUGAGGCACUGACUUUAUAUUUCUCUCUUUCUGGAACAGUUGGCAACAUGAAUGUGAUCCCUGUGAUUGACUAAAAUUUGACCAAUCUGCCACAGUUUAAUUUUAAGGACACAAGGUGGCAGCAGUAGGUUAGUUAUUCUGUUGAUAACUCAGAACCAAAGAGGCAGUUUACUCGAUGUUAACUUAUAGUCUACUUUGGGAUAUUUUUGUUUUGUUUUACUUUGUUUUUUUUCUAAAAAAAAAACAAAAUGAUUGAAUAUUGCUGUUUAAUGUGAAUUCUUGAAGCAAUGUGUGUUUUCCAUUUUGCCAGAGUUGCAUAUUAAAAGCUGUUGGACUGUAUUUUCCUCCGAUAACACAGUAGGUUUUUAUUCCAUUUAAUAUUCCAGUUCACUCAGUUUGCCGUGUGCUGUCGUGAAGCUCAGUUUUGCCCCAAUAGAAGUUUUGAGUCUUCAAAAUUCAACCAACUGCUUUCUGUGUACAAACCGACUAAAUGAUCCUCUAGAAAUAUGACAGCAUGAGUACUUUGUGAAGUAAAUCAUGAAAUGUGAGCAUGUAAAUUCUUAUCUUUAAGAAAUGAUUCAACUUUCCACAGGUGCA